GAAGGGGGCUGCAUCCCGCGUGGCCGGGCCUGGGCUCCAGGUGGGACGCCGCCGGCUCUCUGCUGGUGGACGGUGAUUUCCUGCCUCGCGCGAGCAGGAAGGUACUCUUGUCUUUACCUGACUUUCCUGGUCCUCAGGAUCCUUGCAGGAGUGUUCCAUUUUCCUCUUGGCAAAUGUGGAAGGCUGAUUAUCCUGGCAUUUUCAGACAUUCUGUGCUGGCACUUCUACUCUGCUAAAAGUCAUAAUGAAACAGUUGCCUGCAGCAACAGUUCGCCUCCUUUCAAGUUCUCAGAUAAUCACGUCAGUGGUCAGUGUUGUAAAAGAGCUCAUUGAAAACUCAUUGGAUGCGGGUGCCACAAGCAUAGAUGUUAAAUUGGAGAACUAUGGAUUUGAUAAAAUUGAGGUGCGAGACAAUGGUGAAGGUGUCAAGGCUGUUGAUGCUCCCGUAAUGGCAGUGAAGUACUAUACCUCAAAAAUAAACAGUCAUGAGGAUCUUGAACAUUUGACAACUUACGGUUUUCGUGGCGAAGCCUUGGGGUCAAUUUGUUGUGUUGCUGAGGUUUCAAUUACAACAAGGACAGCUGCUGAUAAUUUUAGCACCCAGUAUGUUUUAGAUAGCAGUGGCCACAUAAUUUCUCAAAAACCUUCACAUCUUGGUCAAGGUACAACUGUAACUGCCUUAAGAUUGUUUAAGAAUCUGCCUGUAAGAAAGCAAUUUUACUCAACUGCUAAAAAAUGUAAAGAUGAAAUUAAAAAGGUUCAAGAUCUCCUCAUAAGCUAUGGUAUCCUUAAGCCUGACUUAAGAAUUGUUUUUGUACAUAACAAGGCCGUCGUUUGGCAAAAAACUAAAGUAUCAGACCAUAAGAUGGCUCUCAUGUCAGUUCUGGGGACUGCUGUUAUGGGCAACAUGGAAUCCUUUCAGUGCUGCUCUGAAGAAUCUCAGGUCUCUCUAAGUGGAUUUCUUCCAAAGCGUGAUGCAGACCACUCUUUGACAAGUCUUUCAACUCCAGAAAGGAGUUUCAUCUUUAUAAACAGUCGACCAAUACAUCAAAAAGACAUAUUAAAGUUAAUCCGGCAGUAUUACACUCUGAAGUGUCUAAAGGAAUCUACUCGUUUGUAUCCCAUUUUCUUUCUGAAAAUUGAUGUUCCUACAGCUGAUGUGGAUGUAAAUUUAACACCAGAUAAAAGUCAAGUAUUAUUACAGAAUAAGGAAUCUGUUUUAAUUGCUCUUGAAAAUCUGAUGACAACUUGUUAUGGACCACUACCUAGUACAAAUUCUUGUGAAAGUAAUAAAACAGAUGUUUCCUUAGCUGACAUGGUUGUUAGUAAAACAGCAGAAACAGAUGUGCUUUUUAAUAAAAUGGAAUCAUCUGGAAAUAAUCAUCCAAAUGUUGAUACUGCAACCAUUUCUUUUCAAAGUGAUGUAUAUAAUGAUGAGUCUGGUGAAGGAACUAAUCUUGGUUUAAAUCAGCAGACAAGUGUUGGUGACCAUUGUGAUAGUCAUUUUAGUAGUGAAAAUGCUAGCAUUGGUAAGAACACUAGAAAUGCAUCCCAAGAAAUCCCAGUGAAUAAUUUAUUGUGGGAAGAUGCACAGAGUGAAUAUGGUGAAACUUGUCUUGUGGGUUCUGUAAAGCACACCCAAUCAGAAAAUGGCAGUAAAAUCCAUACAAAUGAAAGUGAGAGACUUGAGGAGGAAGCAGUUCCUGAGAAGUCUUUGGAAAUUUGUGCAGAUGACUGGAGCAAGGGAAAUGCAUUUAAGAAUUCGAUGGGAGAGAAUAUUGAACCUGUGAAAAUUUUAGUGCCUCAAGAAAGUUCAGCAUGUAAAGCAAGUGAUAAUCAUCAUCCAAGCCCUGAACAAAAGAAGCUCAGUGAAGGUCCUUCUAACAAAAAAGCAAAUGUCAUAGAUAACAAAUCUGGACAGCUUACAGCUUAUGAUUUAAUUAGCAGUCGAGUAAUCAGGAAGCCCAUGUCAGCAAGUGCCCUUUUUGUUCAAGAUCACCGUCCUCAGUUUCUCACAGAAAACCCUAAGACCAGUUUGGAGGAAGCAACAGUGCAGAUUGAAGAACUGUGGAAGACAUUGAGUGAAGAGGAAAGACUGAAAUAUGAAGAGAAGGCUACAAAAGACUUGGAACGGUACAAUAGUCAAAUGAAAAGAGCCCUUGAACAGGAGUCACAAAUACCAUUAAAAGAUGGCAGAAAAAAGAUAAAACACACCAGUGCGUGGAAUUUGGCACAGAAACACAAGUUGAAAGCUUCAUUAUCUAAUCAGCCAAAACUCGAUGAGCUCUUUCAGUCUCAUGUUGAAAAAAAAAGGAGUGACAAUAUUAAAAUAGUAUCCAUCCCUUUCUCUAUGGAAAAGUUAAAAAUAAAUUUUGAGAAACAAAAUAAAUUUGACUUAGAAGACAAAGAUGAACAUUGUUUCAUCCACAAUCUUAGCUUUCCUGAUGCAUGGUUAAUGAUAUCCAAAACAGAGGUGAUGUUACUAAAUCCAUAUAGAGUAGAGGAAGCCCUGCUAUUUAAAAGACUUCUUGAGAACCAUAAACUUCCUGCAGAGCCACUGGAAAAGCCAAUUAUUUUAACAGAGAGUCUUUUUAAUGGAUCUCAUUAUUUAGAGAUUUUAUAUAAAAUGACAGCAGAUGACCAGAAGUACAGUGGAUCAACUUACCUGUCUGAUCCUCGUCUUACAGCAAAUGGUUUCAAGAUAAAAUUGAUACCAGGAGUUUCCAUUGCUGAAAACUACUUGGAAAUAGAAGGAAUGGCUAAUUGUCUCCCCUUCUAUGGAAUAACAGAUUUAAAAGAAAUUCUGAAUGCCAUAUUAUACAAAAAUGCAAAGGAAAUAUUUGAAUGUAGACCUCGCAAAGUAAUAAGUUAUUUAGAGGGAGAAGCAGUGCGUCUAUCUAGACAGUUACCCAUGUACUUACCAAAAGAGGACAUCCAAGAUAUUAUCUACAGAAUGAAGCAUCAGUUUGGAAAUGAAAUUAAAGGAUGUGUUCAUGGUCGGCCAUUUUUUCAUCAUUUAACACAUAUCCCAGAAACAACAUGACUAAAUAGGUUUCAGAAAAUUAGUUACUGGUGCAAUUGAUUUGGUCAGAAAACGAGUCAGUUUUUAAGCCUUUGUAUUAAUCAUGUAUGUAAUUGUUAUUUUUUAAAUGAAGAUUUCACUGGUUUUGUAUAUUGAAAAUUUUCAGAAAAUGUAAAAAUUUAAAUAAACUAAUGUAGACGA